UAGCGCGUCCAUUUCUGACAUGGAGAAGGCCUCAGGGAUAAAGCAGGACACAGCUGUUUUUCUAAUCCCAGGAAAUCUGCAUGUGGCCUGUCAAACAAAUGAAUAAAUAUAAGUAAAACAACCUGCUUCACCCAGCGUCCAACCUAUGCUACGCCCCACCAUUCCAGUGAGCCUUAAAAUGCAUUUCAUCUGAACAGACAGUACCAGAUUUCAGAGAAACGGGACACAGCCAUGCCCCACUGGUGUCUGUUUGCUAACCCAUCAGACUCCUGGAUAUGUAGGUUAACAGUCAACCAGGCCAGUCUUUGGUUUUAAACCAGCGGCAUCACGUUAGCUUUUGGUAACUUUUGUGCGAUUCGCUGCUUUGCUCCCCCACUUACAGCCUUUCCCCCUAGUGACAGUCCCAUGCCCAGAAGUAUCCAGAGGGAAACUCUGAAAUGAGGGACAUUGAAUCCUGGGGAUGAUGGGUCAGGCAGUUUGCUUUGGAUUUCUGGCUAUGUCAAUAGUGUUUUGGCCCUCGGUGGCUUGGGAUCAAAGGUCAGGGGUUGCAUGUGUCAUAGAAGAGCCGCCGCUGGCAAGGGAUAAGAAGCAGCAGAGUACACAAAGCUGUCAGUGCAAACAAGGGGGCCCAAAGAGACACAACCCAGAGCCAUAAUGGACCUGCUGCACGGUGCAGGGGUGUGGAUGGUGCAGUACCUGCAGGAGAACUACCAGAGCUCCCAGGACUGGUUCCUCUUUGUCUCCUUCGCUGCCGACCUUAAAACCACUUUCUUUAUCUUCUUCCCCAUCUGGUUCCACCUCUCUGAGGCCGUGGGCGUCAAGCUGAUCUGGGUGGCCGUGGUCGGGGACUGGCUCAACUUGGUCUUUAAGUGGAUCCUCUUUGGGCAGAGACCCUACUGGUGGGUCCAUGAGACCAGUUACUAUGGCGACACCUCUCCCCCGGUGAUCCAGCAGUUCCCCCUCACCUGCGAGACCGGGCCAGGAAGCCCCUCGGGGCACGCCAUGGGCUCUGCCGGAGUCUACUAUGUCAUGGUGACUGCCCUGCUGCCCUGCGUCCUGGGCACCCGGCGUGGGACCUGUGUAGCCAGGUGCCUCCGCGGCCUGCUGUGGCUAGCCUUCUGGGCCGUGCAGGUCUGCGUCUGCUUGUCCCGAGUCUUCCUGGCAGCUCACUUCCCCCAUCAGGUGAUCGCAGGAGUCAUCUCAGGGAUGGUAGUAGCGGAAGCAUUUGAGCACAUUCACGCCAUCUACAAUGCCAGUCUCCGGCGGUACCUGGGCACCACCCUCUUCCUCUUCGGCUUCGCCCUGGGGUUCUACCUGCUGCUGAAGGCCCUCGGGGUGGACCUGUUGUGGACCCUGGAAAAAGCCGAGCGGUGGUGCGACCGGCCGGAGUGGAUCCACAUUGAGACCACCCCCUUCGCCGGCCUCCUCCGGAACCUGGGCAUCCUAUUUGGGCUGGGGCUGGCCCUCAACUCCCAGAUGUACCUGGAGAGCUGCAAAGGGAAAAGGGGCCAGCGGUUGCCUUUCCGCCUGAGCUGCAUCGCGGCCUCGCUCCUCGUCCUGCACCUCUUCGACUCCUUCGACCUCCCCACGGACAGAGAGCUCCUGUUCUACCUCCUGUCCUUCUGCAAGAACGCCGCUGCCCACCUCUGCGCCGUGGCCCUCAUCCCCUACUGUGUGGCCCAGGUGCUCCGGAGGGGCCACGAGAAGAUGCGCUAGCUGACCGGCAAACUUGUGUCAUGGCUGCCGAGCCAGGCUGCUGUGGCAGGGGACCGUGCUGCCCAGGGCUCCCCCUUUGCUUUCCCCUGCGGCAGCAGGUCUCCCAGCACCACCGACCUCACCGCUCUGGGUUACGUGAUCAGCUCACACGCACGGGGCGUGGAAGGGGCCGUUCAUCGUCUCCUUUGGGGGAAAGGCGGCAAGUGACUAUCACACACCCCAGUGCUGGCCCAAGGCCUCGGGGCCCUUUGCGGUCGCUCCUUACGAGCCAUUUGGCUACCACCCCCCCAGGUGGGCACAAAUGGCAACCAGUACUCAGGAGAGCAUGAGUGAGUAAUGGGGCAGACCGGAUCGUGGCCCACCCAGGGGCACAGGUUGCCGCUGAGAGGGUGGCGUCCCACACCACAUUCAGCUCCAGGCUGCUGUGCCCAACGCUCUCCGGAAGGGGGGAGCAGUCGGCCCUUGGCAGUUUUUCAGCUCUGUCCCCUCAGGGCCCAGUCACUUGGCUAUGGAGGCUCUGUGACAGCCACGCCAUGUCAAUCAACGCAACCCUAGCAAAGCAGAGCUGGCAGCCCCCGGCAUGGAGGUCCCCACGCAGCUUGGGCUGGGCGUGCCAUAGAUGGGGGGGUGUCUGUGUGUGCAGGGCUGCAUUAUGACUUUCGUGGGCCCUAGGCACUUUUGCCUUCGUGGGCCCCUCCCACCAUAAUAAUAUCAAUAUUAAAAAU